AUGAGGGGGCUGAGCGGGUGGGCGCGCAUGCGAGCCGCGUGGGCGCUGGAGGACCGCGAAAGAGACGCCGCUGCUGCUGGUGGUGCCGUAGCAGCAGCAGGGGGGAUGCAGUUGGCCGUGGAAGGGCAGGGAGGUGGGGAGGGGAAAGGGGAUUUGCAGAGCGUGGGCGCUGGUGGGGUGCUGGUGCAUGCAGCAGCGGAGGCGGGGCACAUGAGGCUGCACGACGAUGUCCCUGUGGCGAUGGCGCUAGCAGCAGCGGAGGCGGGGCACAUAAGGCUGCACGGCGACAAGCCCACCACGGCAGAAGCGGUGCUUGCUAGGGUGCGCCGCAAGCCACUUGCAGAUGAGCGGCUAGCAAAGGAGGAGGAGCUGAGGGAGCACUUGCGCGACCUGGCCUGGCCGCACGACACCCCUUUUGGUGUGCCCACCUUCUCGUGUGCUCCCCCCUCUCGUGUGUCUUCCCCCCUUGUGGCCCCACCCACCCAUGCUCCCACUAGACUGGCAAAGGAAGAGGAGCUGAGGGGGCGCCUGGGCGACCUGGCGUACUACCAGGAGUGGGUGGCGGCAUGGCCUCAUGACACGUCACUCAAGGCCGUGCUUGUCAUGCAGCGUGAGUACAACGCCAUGUGUGGGUGGGACGUGCGACUGCACAAGGACCCUCUGGCCAUCCGCAUGGACAAGAAGCAGUGGAAGCACGUGUGGGGCGGCGACCCCGUGUACCCCACGGUGAACUACGAGCAGGCACCCGGCCACGGGGUGGACAACCGCGGCCCCAACUUCAACGAGCCCAGCGAGGACCCCUUCAGCGUCCUAGGCAAGGUGGUGACACAGGAGCAGAUGGAGGCCAUCAUGACACGCGAGCAGGAGGAGAAGGAGGCGGUGAGUCACACCUCUUAA